AGCUUCCGUCGCAACGGCCAGGAAAGGAACUAGAAGCGGGACGGAGGGCGGGGCUGGCAACGAAGUGAAGGUUUAGAACUAAACUAAACUGGAGACACUUAACCCUGGCAACGUCCAGAUGAGAACAGGACCGAAAGGAAGGCCUUUGAGAGAGGAGGCGGACUCCCAGGAGCAGUGACAGUGUAGGGGGAAAGGCCUGUUUGUUCUAAGAGAAAAGGGCCUUGAGAGAGAUUUUUAUGGGGAUCUCUCUAUGAGAGAAUUGUAUGGGGAUCUAAUUUUCUAGAUGAGCAGCUCUCAAAAAUGACACAAACAAUUGAAGGAUGGAUACCGUUGCAUACAUUAAAACCAUGUUGAACGGAAAAUAAGAAAGCCAGGAAUCUCAGUAUGAAUCAGUCUAGAUCUAGAUCAGAUGGUAGUGAAGAAACCUCAUCUCAAGGCCAUAAUCAUCAUGAAAAUGAGAGAAGAUGGCAGCAAGAGCGUCUCCACAGAGAAGAAGCCUAUUAUCAGUUUAUUAAUGAACUCAGUGAAGAAGAUUAUCGGCUAAUGAGAGACCAUAAUCUAUUAGGUACCCCUGGAGAAAUAACAUCAGAGGAACUACAACAGAGGCUAUAUGGAGUCAAGGAACAGCUAGCAUCUCAACCUGACUUGAGAAAUGUGACAAAUAACAUAGACUCAGAAGUUCCUAGAGAAAGUUCAAAUGGAGAUUCUCUGCUAGAAUGUUUGAACACCUUUCGUCACACAGGAAAUGCAACUCGAAGUGGACAAAAUGGGAACCAAACUUGGAGAGCUGCGAGUCGAACAAACCUAAACAGUGGAGAGUUUUGGUUUAGUCUGGAAAUCCACGUAAAUCAUGAGAAUAGACAAUAUGAAAUUCAUGGAGAAGGUUAUACGGGCAUUCCACUUUCAAGUAUUAGCAGAAAUCGUACUAGAAAUAGUCAACAAAGAUCAACUAGUCCUGUGGCUAGGCGAACAAGAAGCCAAACCUCAGUGAAUUUCAAUGGUAGCAGUUCUAACAUUCCAAGGACUAGGCUUGGUUCAAGAGGGCAGAAUUCAGUAGAAGGAUCUUUCUCAACACUGGGAAGGCUAAGAAAUCGAAUUGGGGGAGCAGUUGGCAUUCCUAGAACUAGUGAUCCACGUGUUAAUUUCGGUAGUAGUCACACAAACCAGUCAGGUAGUAGUGAACUCAGGCAAAGGGAGGGGCAGCGAUUUGGAGCAGCACAUGUUUGGGAAAACAGGGCUAGAACUAAUGUUACUGUGAGGAAUACAAACCAAAGAUUAGAGCCAAUAAGAUUACAGUCUACUCUCAGUAGUCGAAAUCAUUCACCAAUUCAGAGACAGAGUGGCACCUUUUAUCAUCAUUCUCAAAGAGAAAGUAGACCUUUACAGCAAACCAUUAGAAGGUCUGUGAGGAGGAGAGGUAUAACUCGUGUCUUUGUAGAACAAGAUAGAGAACGCAGAGGUAUUGCAUAUACUCCGUUCUCCAAUUCAAGGCUUGUGUCAAGAAUCACAGUAGAAGAAGGAGAAGAAGCCAGCAGAUCCUCAACUGCUGUACGACAUCACCCAACAAUCAUACUGGACAUUCAAGUGAGGAUUCAUCCUGGAGAAGAUAGAGAUCGGGACAUUAUUGCAAAUAGAACUCGAUCUAGAGUAGGGCUAGCAGAAAAUACAGUCACUAAUGAAAGCAAUAGGGGGGGCUUUCACCGAAAUGUUUCUCAUUUAGAGCGAUCAGGUAUUCAAACCUAUGUUAGCACCAUAACAAUUCCUCUUCAUAGGAAUUCUGAGAAUGAGCUUGUUGAGCCAUCAUCCAUGGCUCUUCAGUCAAUCUUAAGGCAGAUUACAACUGGCUUUGGAGAAUUGAGUUCUCCAAUGGAAGCCGAAUCCGAGUCAGAGAUUCAGAGAAAUGGUCAGCAUUUACCAGAGAUGCAGUCAGUUAAUGACAGCAGCCAGCACAGUGAAGGUUUCUCUCAAGACAGGCAGGCCCAAGAAGACAGCACUGAAAUGAGUGAUGAAAAUGAGACUACCCGGCUUCACACCCAAAACAGAGACAAUAGAGGCGGCAGGCAGUUGCGACAUUCAAACAAUUUAGUUGAAACUGGACCACUACCUAUUCUUCGCCUUGCUCACUUCUUUUUACUAAGUGAAGGUGAUGAUGGUCAAAUACAUGGUUUAACCAAAGAGCAGAUUGACAGUCUUUCUACCCGGAACUAUGAGCAUAACAGUACUGAUAGUGAACUAGGUAAAGUCUGUAGUGUUUGUAUUAGUGACUAUGUAGCUGGAAACAAGCUCAGGCAAUUACCUUGCAUGCACGAAUUCCACAUUCACUGUAUUGACCGAUGGCUCUCAGAGAAUUGCACUUGUCCUGUCUGUCGACAGCCUGUUUUGGGAUCCAGUAUAGCAAAUGGGUGAAGUGAUGGGAUCUAUUCAAAUAUUGUAUUUUAAUAGAGCUGAUAUUCAAGCAUUGUUUUGUUGAGUUAUUUGUGAUGAGCUAACAAGGAUAAAAAACAACAGAUUAUAGUUUGAACUAUUUUUGUGUGCUUUUUUAGCUUGUUAAAAAGAGAUUUAUAUAAAAUUUAAGAAGCAAAUAUUAAAUUAUCCAUAAGUACAGUAUAGUUAAUAUUGCUAGAACUAAAUAACCUUUGAAAUGUUUUUAUUUUGGUAAUUUUGUCAUGCUAAGCACUUUUGUAUCUGCACCACGAUUCAGUAGAUUAAAAAUCUUUUUCUUAAUGAUAGAGCAGACUUAGAUUUUCAAGUUUCAUAGGCUUAGUACUAUGUCUAGACAUUCAUUAACUUCUUAUUCUAAGGACAAUAUCUUUUCAUGAAAGUGUUUGGCUGAAUGUUUGCUAAAUAUAUUUAAAUUACCUGAAAUGUUUGCUAAAUAUAUUUAAGUUACUUGAAAUGUUAAAUAUAAUAUGCAGCAUACCAUAUUUGUAUAUAUAGAUAUAUAGUUUUAAGGUUAAAAUAUCCAGUCUAAAAACAAGUUUAGUUCUUAUUUAAGCUUUUGGGCUAAUACUGCAUAUGGCACAAUGUUUAAUAUUGACAAGAUCAUCUCUGAGAUAAAGUGGACUAAGAUAUAAUUUAAAUAUGGAAAUAAUUUACUGAGGCGUCUGUGACAAUCUGACUUAUUAGACAGCAAGCAAUAUAUAAUACUGAAUAAAUAUUUCUUUAUUCAGAAAUGAAACUUGGAAAAUUUAGAACAUAUAGUUCAUUUAACUUCAGUUCAGCCUUUUUGUGGCUUUUUUGAAAGUGCAAAUAAUUCUUUGGAUUAUUAAGUCAGGUGUACAAUAUGCAUGGUUUCUCAAAUUUAGUUUUAAAAUCUAAAAAGAAGUCUAUAAAAAUCAAAUGCAAAUAUGUUAAGUUCAUUUCGAGGUCAAAAAACUCCAAAUAAAAGAAAAAAUCUUUAAGAGAAUGUAAGAUUUAUAUAAACACAAAGUACGCAUUGAAGAUCUAUUUCAACCAAUAAAUAUUAAAACAAAGAC